UGGAGGUGAAGUUUUUUGCACUAGGAACCGCCCGGUUGUCUCGCUUCCGAGGAUGUGUGAUCUCCUCAGGCAUUUCGUUGAGUAGCAGGACCGAGGCCAGUCUGAAGCAGCAUAUAACUUGAGAAGUAUGCGCCCUCUCAGAGCUCAGAAGUAGGUUACGGUCUUCCUCAAUCACCAACCGUGGUUUUACACUCGCAAUGGACGACUCUACAAUCAAGCCGGCUCUCUACCCUACAUCUAUCGUGGAAGCAGAUUUGAAACCUACCGCUCAAGUCGGCAGAGACCAUAUCGAUCUUCGUCCGCAUGAGUCUUAUGAGGGCGCUCACCGCUGGGAUCCUCUAGCUGAAUGGACCACCGAAGAGGAGGCCAGAGUUGUGAGAAAAGCCGACUUCUACCUACUUUCUUGGAUCUGUUUGAUGUUCUUCGGACUGCAACUCGACAGAGGAAAUAUUGGAAACGCCCUGACCGACAACAUGCUCAAGGAUCUUGGUCUGGACACCAACGACUACAACAACGGUACUACAGUGCAGCUCAUCUGUUUCCUCGCAGCAGAAUUCCCUGUUCAACUUUUGAUCAAACGUUAUGGAUUCAAACAGAUUCUACCACUGAUGAUGAUGCUCUGGGGGACAGUCAGUUGGGGUCAGGCGUUCAUGACCAACAAGACUGGCUUUUACAUCUGCCGCGCACUAAUCGGACUUUGUGAAGGUGGUUUCAUUCCAGGAACCAUUCUCUUCGCAUCUUAUUUCUACAAGUCUGCUGAACUGUCUGUGCGCUUGGCUUGCUUCUGGUCGACUCUGAACAUCGCUCGUGUCAUCUCUGCUCUGUUGGCAGCAGGAAUCUUGAAUAUGCGUGGUAUUCACAAUCGUCCUGGCUGGUUUUGGCUGUUCCUUCUGGAAGGACUUCUGACUUUCGUCAUUGGUCUUGUCAGUUACUUCUACUUGCCUCGUUCGCCUACACACACCAAGAGUGUUAUCUUCCGUCGCGGAUGGCUCAACGAACGCGAGGAAACGAUUAUGGUCAAUCGUAUCCUCAGAGAUGACCCAGCCAAAGGAUUGACAGCCAUCCAAGAACCUGCUACUAUGCGCGACAUUAUCGACACCUGGAAGGACUCAUCGACAUGGGGACUUUACCUUAUAGGAUUGAUCGCCUACAUUCCAGCAGCUCCAGUCUCGGGUUAUCUUUCUCUUACAUUGAAGCGUCUCGGCUUCUCAACUUUCGACUCGAACAUGCUCACAAUCCCCUCGGCGGUCUUGCAAAUCAUUUUGAUGCUCGGCUUGGCUUACAGCAGCAACCAUUUCCUUGAGCGUACAUGGCACUGCCUGUUUGGAGAAUUCUUCAUCAUGCCGUUGCUCAUCGCCCUGCUCGCAUUGCCUUCCGGUGGCUACAAUUGGGGCCGUUUCUCAAUCUCGACUCUCAUCAGCGGAUACCCCUAUUUCCACCCUAUCGUUGUUGCUUGGAUUAGUGAGAAUACGUUCGACGUCAAGAAACGUGCCAUCAGUGCCGCUACUUACAACGUCAUCGUUCAAAUCGGGAGCGUCAUCAGCUCGCAGAUCUAUCGCAAGGACGACGCUCCAUACUACUACCGCGGUAACAAGGUUCUUGUCGCCAUCUGCGCACUAUCGCUUGUCACUUUCAUUGCUCAGCGUGAAUAUCUGCGCUUCUUGAACCGUCGCAAGGAGAGAGAGUGGUCGCAGAUGAGCACUGAGGAGAAGAUGGCAUACCAGUCUGACCAGGUUGCAAGAGAGAAGGAUGGAAAUAAGAGACUGGACUUCAGAUUCCAGUACUGA